AUUGAAUUUUGUACUUGCAAGCUAAAUGGUUUUACUUUUACAGCCAGUCUAUUUUUAAGCAGUUGUUUAUUGCUUCAUGUAAACGUCAAUUGGAAAUAUUUACCACACAUCUAAAAAAAACUAAAAAAAGAAAACAAAAAAAAAAAAAAAAAAAAAAAAACAUCCCCACCAGACCACUCAUGCUUUGAUUUACCUGUCCCGGUGCCUCCUCCUGGGCCUCUUGCACCGUUGAUAACCUGUCAUGGCGGCUGAAUGGACGGCGGUCUGUACCAAUUUUUUCACGCUUUUAGUACGCUAAAUGUUUUGUAAAUUAAAUUUAAGAACAGUGAAAACUGAAUUUACAUUUGAGGCAAUCUCAAUUAACACAUUUUUGAAGAAAAAGCACGCCGGCUUUUUAGUGAGCCGAAUAUGAUGAUAAAAUAGAAGCAGUGUGGUUCUUGGGUAAAACCUAUGAGCCACGUAUGCAAACCGGACACUUGGUAUGGAUUUUAUCCACAGUUCCCUACUUAUUGUCAGGUCGAGGAAACGAAAGUGGUUCUUAAUAGCUACAGGAAGAAAAAUAGAACCAGCACAAGUAAAGGAUAUAAUACAAUAACUUAACUUAAUAGUGCAAGAACAAAAAGAGCAGAUUGAACAUGGAAAGCAUUACUGACAAUGUUUGCAAAGAUAAGGUAGAAAAUGCUGCAUAUGACAUGUCUGUAUGUAAUAAAAGUAGUGGACAUGAGCGUAUAAGUGAUGUUAAAUCAUCUUCACAACACAGCUCACCAAAUACUGGUAAAGUGAAAGAGGAAAGUGUGGCAGAAGAAGAAAAAGUUAAUAAAAUGAUGACUGAAAGAAAGAAGAUUCCAGACAGGAGUUACAACUGUAACUUGUGUCAGAGGAGUUUCACCAGAGCACACUCCUUAGUCAGACACAGUAAUAGAAAACAUCCACAACUGAAAGAUGUUGAGGCAAAACAAAGUACCCAAGUAAAGAAUCCAAAAACAGACUCGCAGAGUUUGAUUUGUGACAACCCAAGAGAAAUAUGUAGUAGAAGUGAAGACAUUAUUACCAUUCCACAAGGUCAAGAGAAAAAACCUAGAAAAUUAAAAGUCAUAGUGUUUCACAAGUUUCCAGCCUCAAAGUCUGUAAACAAGGAAAGGGAGAUCCUAGAGACAAAGGAAGCACAUGUUGAUGAAACACGCCCGGUAUCUGAAGAGGAAAUGGCAGUCAUACAGACCAUCAAAAAUUCGUGCCAGAAGCUGCAGCAGCUCGGUCGGCAAGUUCUGGUUGUUACAGCCAAUGGUGAACACAGUCAGUGGUUUGGCUCAUCAUAUGGUUUAGAGUUUGCUAAAGAUAAUACUGAUUUUAUUGCAAGUUUCUUCAAUUACUGUAAAGGAAAGGAGAAUUCCUCAAGAAAGGGAAUUAAAGGGGAAAAUGACACCAUAGAAGAUUUAGACAUUGAUCCUGAUGGAGACAAAGUUGAUGAUUUUAUGGAUGAUCAAGAUGAAGAUUAUAAUGAUGAAGAAUCUAAAGGUGAUGCUGAUGAUGAUUACUUUGAUAUUGAAGAGGAUGAAACUGAGGAGAUUGAUAAUGAUGACAAAGAUGAAAAUGGUGACAAGAACAAUCCUAUUCCCAAAAGGGGCAGAGCUUUACAACAUCUCAAGAAGAAAGAAAAAAUGCUUGAAGAGGAUGAAGCAGAGGAGAUUGAUAAUGAUGAGGAAGAUGGUAAUAUUGAUAAAAACAAUUAUAUACCGAAAGGAGGCAGAGCUUUACAACAUUUUGAGAAAAAAGAGAAAAUGUUUAAAGACUUAGCUGAAGGUUUCAAGGCCAAUGAGGAAUCGCGGGAAGUUUCUUCUCUUCUGAGGAGUAAAAUUGGAGUUCGUUCUGUGGUUUUUACUGUUGCAGACUUAAAUAGAGGAGAAUACAAUUGUACAACAUGCGGAUAUAAUUUUUUGUGGAAGUGCCACCUGGAGCUUCAUCAAGUAAAGAACCCACAUUGUGGCCGUGUAACAAAUUUUAAAAGGUCGGAGAAAGAUAUUUUGAAGGAAAGUAUUACAUUUGAAAACCCACAGACGGGUGUUGAAGUUACUUCAACUUUUCAGGAAUUACUCGAUUCUCAAACAGUUCAUCCAUUGUCGUGUGCCAUAUGUGGAAAGAGUGGUUUUAGAGACCGUUUCAGACUAAGAGAUCAUGUCGUCCAGCAUAAUAUGGCAGACACAUUUGAAUGCAAUAUUUGCUGUGCGGGUUUUAGCUCCAUGGGGUUUUUAUCAACCCAUCUAAAAGAACACUAUAGAAAGUCUUAUGAGUGUCAAAGAUGUAACUGGCGAUUUGCCAAUGCAUUUAAACUAAGCCAACAUACAGAAGGCGGGUGUGAGACCGUUUCUUUGAUAAAUAAUAAAGAGGCAGAUGAAUCGUUUGAGAUGAUUACUUACAAGUGUGAUUAUUGUUCUGCAGAGGUGACAGGCGUGAAGUCAUUGCGGUUACAUUUGACAUUAGAACAUGAUAAACAGUUUGGUCAGUUUGACUGCGUUCUCUGUGAUAAAAAGUUUUCUGAUACAAAGUUUUACAACCGCCAUUUGUUGAUUCACAAUAAGAAGUCGUCAUGUCCAUAUUGCCCUAAAAAGUUCAGUGAGAAGUCAAAUACGUUCUACCACCAUCUGAAGUCCCAUAAGACGAUAACAGAGUACCCGUAUGUUUGUGAUAUAUGUGGGGAGAAAUUCAAGAGCAAGCGUCACUUUGAUCCACACAGACGUAUACACACUGGCGAGAGACCUUAUGUUUGUGAGGUGAAGGAUUGUAAGAAAGCAUUCCGCAGUAGAGACGGCUUGGAUCAACAUAAAUGGUGCCAUAAAAAUGAGCAUUAUAUCUGCGAUUUUUGUGGCAGAAAAUUUAAAAAGCCAAGCUUAUUGAACAAUCAUCGGCUUUCACAUACUCUUGAUUGGCGUUACCCGUGUAUUUUUUGUCCACAAAAAUUUAAGAAAAUACGACCUUUUAAAAGGCAUUUGGCCAGGUUACAUCCAACAAAAGUGGACGAAGUGAGGGAGAAAUUCAAAAUUGUGCUGCAUCCGUGUAACCAAUGUCCAAAAGUGUUUUUUGACAAGGAGGACCAUACAGCACACAUGUAUAGACAUAAAGGAAUUAAACCUUUCAAAUGUAACUACUGUGGAAAAGGGUUUAGCGAUAAAAGUAACUUGACAAAUCAUGAACAUGGGCACAAAGGUGGCAAAAAGUUGAAAUGUACCUUGUGCUCAAGAAAAUUCAAUGAAGAGAAAUAUCUACUGUCACAUAUUGAAAGGCUGCAUGCACCAAAACAAAAUGUAGAAAAACAAUUUAUCGCAGCUGCUGUAAACGAAGCUAAUGAAGAAGAUAUGGAUGAGCUAAGAGAGAGCACACUGCAAAUUAUUGAUGAGACAAUCCGAGGAAGUGUAUCUUUUUGAUAAAUAACCUUGUUUUCUUU